AGUCAUUAAGCUCUGUCAUCGGAGUCAGUUACGAAUCAGCUCGCCGCCUGGUGCGAAAGGAAACCCGCCGGUUGUUUUACCACAUUGUUGUCCAAAACGCGAUUGACGACCUCAAAAAUCAAGACAUAUCAGCAGUAGACUAACACACCAGAGUUGUGCACCACUUCUUGCGCACUUAAUUCCUAUUACCUCAGUGUUGUAUCGGCCCCAAUGCUCGAAAUUCAGUGUUGUAUACGCGUUGAGUUAGUCCCUUGAACAGUUCUAUCAAUUUUUGUACUCCAUGCCGAAUGAUCGGUGGUGAGUUUUCGUCAGGCUAGUGUUGGGCCGGUGUAUCGUGUUUUGCAUGUGAACAACUACGCCAGGGGCAGCUAACUUGCAUUCCUCUUAGCUGUUGAGUUCAUUGCCUGGAUCCGCAAAAUCGAGGAGGAAAAUGCCCUAUCAGUGAUUCAUCAAGUCUGAAAAGGGAAGAACUCGUCCAAAGUACAUCCUUCCUGCAAAUCUGUCAAAUCUCGAGGAGCAUCUUUAUUCGGUGUGUUAAGAGUCCAAUCCCAGUCUGGUAAGCUCAGCAAGAAGAGGAUCUCCAAGUCGGCAGAGCAUCAUCAGCCGAUAACGAGUGUCAUCGUAUCCAGUCCGCGAUAAGAGCCCGCCGAUAGCCAAAUUAUAGGUCAACCUCGUCAUGUAUCAACGUUCCGUUCUGUUGAACCUGCCAAAGGCCGACUCCAUCGACAUCGAAUUUACCGACAUCGAGUACCAAGUCCGGGUUGGCUACCAGAAUUCGAAGAAGACGAUCCUGCACGAGAUCAAUGGAUGCUUCAAAUCCGGAGAGCUGACGGCAAUAAUGGGUCCAUCAGGAGCAGGGAAGUCGUCCUUGCUGAACAUCCUGACAGGGUUCCAACGAAACGGCUUCGAAGGACGCGUGGACUACGUCGGGGCCCGUGCGAAACACAAAUGGCAGGAUUACAAGAAGUCGUCGUGCUACAUCCUGCAGGAGGACCAGCUGUAUCCCUUGUUUACGGUGAACGAGGCGAUCACCAUGGCCGCGGACCUGAAGCUAGGCAGCAGCCUGAACAGGAAAGCUAAGCAGAUGCUGAUAGACGAGAUUCUGGAAAACCUGGAUCUCUUGAAAAGCAAGGACACCAGGUGUGACAGGCUGAGUGGGGGCCAGAAAAAGAGACUGAGCAUCGCCUUGGAGCUGAUCGACAACCCUCCAGUCAUGUUUCUGGACGAGCCGACCACCGGUCUAGACUCUUCGGCGUCGUUGCAGUGCAUAUCCACGCUCCGCAGUCUGGCCAAAGGAAGCAGGACCAUCAUCUGCACCAUCCAUCAGCCCAGUGCCGCCAUUUACGAGAUGUUCGACCACGUCUAUCUGCUGGCCGAGGGUCGCUGCGUCUUCCAGGGGUCAGCCUUAAACACCGUAGCCUACUUCAGCAGCCACGGAUUUAACUGCCCAAAGUACCACAACCCUGCCGACUUCAUGAUUGAAGUGGUUAGCCAAGAGUACGGAGACUUCAACGACACUCUAGCCGUGACCGCCCGGAAAAAGGUCUGGAGAUCAUCCACGCCUACCAUAAAAAGCGAGAUCUUCACCAACAACGGCAUCAGGAGGUACAGCGACGAGGCCAAGGCAACCGUGUUGAUCAACGCUCCGUCGGAGUUCAACAAGUUCUGGAUCCUGCUGAACAGGUGCUUCAUUCAGCUCUACAGGGACUGGACCGUCACCCACUUAAAGCUGAUCCUUCAUUUCUUGGUGGGCCUCCUGUUGGGGUUGCUGUACGUGGGCACAGGAUCCGAUGGGUCUAAGACCGUCAACAACAUGGGGUACCUGUUGGUCUCCGUUGUCUACCUCUGCUACACCAGCAUGAUGCCGGCCAUCCUCAGGUUCCCCUCGGAACUGCCAGUUCUAAGGAAGGAACACUUCAACAACUGGUACAGCCUGAGUACAUACUACGUCGCGUUUCACGUGGCAAAUCUCCCAGUCCAGAUGCUCUUUGCUGCCGUGUACUCGUCGGUCUCGUACUUCCUCAGCAACCAACCUAUGGACCGGGAAAGGUUCCUGAUGUUCCUGGCCAUGGCGAUCCUAAUUACCUUCGUGGCUGAGAGUAUCGGACUGGUAUUGGGGACCACUGUCAAUCCAGUCAAUGGGACAUUCCUAGGAGCCAUUGGAACGGCCGUUAUGUUAGCAUUUGCUGGGUUCCUUGCCCUGUACAACCACAUGCCGAUCUUCAUGUACUACGUCAGCUAUCUGAGCUACUUCCGGUACGCUAUGGAAGGAAUGGCCCAGGCACUCUACGGGUUCAACAGGGAAAAGCUCCCUUGUCCUGCCGAAGUGCCGUACUGUCAUUAUAGGAACCCUUCCACUAUUUUAGUGGAGUUGUCCAUGAACGACGCGAAGUUCUGGAUGGACAUGCUGAUCCUAGGCGUGAACAUGGUCGUGCUUAGGCUUGUGGCUUACUGCACUCUGAAGUGGAAGAUCUCUAAAACUGCAUGAGCAACUCGUUAAGGGUUGACUAGGUCUGAGUCCAUUGAUCUCUGGGGCCAGCAGCAUGUCGAAAAGACUAAAGUAUUUAGGAAGUGCAUAACUAGACUUCUGCUGGAAUUCGGUCCCUAUCUUAUGGUGGAGCAGAGAUUCAUCUACGAGCCAUGGAAGGUGUUGAGAAAAGCUGUUCUGUCUCACAGGACGUGGCCCAACGUCCCCAUGGACUUCUUUUUAUGGUUAUCCAUAAGGUGUUCUAGUCCCGGCUGUGAAAUUCUUCGUUCGCUGACUUGUAAUUUAUUAUACUUUGAAUAGGAUGCUUUUGAAUGUUUGUUAAACAAUGAUUAGAGCAUCUUGACGAAACCUGGAUCCAGGGAUCCGGGAACAGAGCAACGAGGGGACCAAGCACAAAGGAUCCAAACCUGGCGAUGGGUUGAAAGUGUCGCCAGAAGCAGAUAUCAAAACAGUUUUUCAGUUGAUUGACGAUACUUCGAUCAGGUUCUUUGUUAAACUAACUCAUCUGGACUCGAGGAUAUCGGUGCGGCGCCAUUACUUGCCAAACACUUCGAGCAGAAAUGACGAAAGAGUCCAUCAUCUCAUCCAUCGACAUUUGAUUAUUUAUCCUUCUUAUCCGAGGAUCUUCGGGGGACCAAUCAUAUCCAUAAUUGUUACAUGAACUGCAUAAAAGCUAUUCCAUACAGAAACUAUCAUCCGAUGCCCCUACCAACCGUUUUGGCCCAGCUAGGCGUAGGAUGUUGCCCUCGCUGCAAGAGUCAUCGUCCUCGUCACUGCGUCAUCGCUUAUGGGUCAAUGUGCUUUAAUGCGUCAUGUAUUUAGCCUGAUAAGUCUUCGAAUUUUUAUAUAUAUAUGAAAGGAUCCGAGGAGAACUGUUUUGUUAAUGUUUGUAGGUAUUGGGCACUUUGAAGAGGUAUCCUUCCGUGAUGUCCAACACUUACACGAGGCAUCUCCUGAUGCGUUACUGUUGAUCAGCGACGAUGACAAAGUUAUAAUUUCUUCCUUGCAUCAAUAUUAUUAGAUUACCCUUCAUUGGCACCAAAUGGCUACUAACCGUUAUUAGUAACCUGGGGAGUUGGAUUUAAAUCGAUACUUCUCAAUCUUCUCCGACAGAAGGGGCUUAAUUAGUUCAAGAUGAAAGAGAUCUCCGAAGAAUCUAGAUUCUCGAAGGUCAUAAAAAACUUAACCCGGUGGGUAAAUGCAGGCAAAAUAUCUGCAAUUUUAAAAGACCUUUGACGGCAGUAACAAUGGAAUGAUUACAUUAGGUGAUACAUUAUAUGACAUUAGGAAUGAUUCCUCUGUGGAGGCGCGGAAGAAAUUCAUUAUGUAAACAGAAACAAAUGAGUUGAAACUGAAAUGUAUCCAGUUUCUUGUAAUAGGGCAAAAACUCUGUCAAUGUCUCUGCUUUCGCCUUAAGGCGAAUCUAAUAUUGGCGUCAUCAGGAAGCAAUCAUUAGAUGAAAUUUGUUGCCUAUCGCGGGUCUACUGGUAUAAUCAAUUGUCAUGUAAAUGUGAUAGAACAGAAUAAAAAUGUUUCCCUCGGUA